AUGAGUGGACAGAAACUUGAAGAGUACGGACUGCCGCCUGUAAACAGGGGACAUGAAGACAGACUGACAGUUGACCUACUUAGAGAAAAAUCUUAUGACAGAGAAGCACUGCAACAAUUUGUAGACGAAAAUGAAACGAAUUUGACGAUUGACCAACGCAACAUUGACCUUCCCAUUACAGAUAUGGUGGACCAUGGGCAAGGAGGGAUUAUUUUUAUUGAUGCCCCAGGUGGCACAGGUAAAACCUACCUGAUUAACCUUUCCCUGGCACGCCUCAGAUCAAGAGGAUUUGUCGCCCUUGCUGUCGCCAGCAGUGGCAUUGCGGCACAGCUACUAUCAAAUGGAAAGGCAGCACAUUCGACAUUCAAGAUACCGCUUAAUCUCAUGACCACAGACCUUCCUAUGUGCAACCUCAAGCGAGGUUCAUCAAAGGCUACACUCCUACAGGAAUGUGCCGUUAUAUUUUGGGACGAGGCAACCAUGGCUAACAAACUAGCUUUUGAGGCUUUAGAUCGCACAUUACAAGACCUAAGGCAGUCCUCAAGACCAUUUGGCGGUAUCUUAGUUGUCCUGUCUGGGGACUUUCGUCAGACAUUACCAGUCAUUCGAGGAGGUACACGUGCCAAUGAAAUUGAUGCCUGCAUCAAGUCAUCACAUUUAUGGCAACACGUAGAAACACAUUCUUUGACAACUAACAUGAGAGCUUAUCUCUACGGUGACGCCAACGCUGCUGAGUUUGCAAGUCUCUUGCUGCGAGUUGGGAACGGUCAUAUACCGGUAGUUGAAGGACGUCAUACCAUCUUCAUUCCAGAAGAUCUUGGCACAGUUACCGACUCUCCUCAGACCUUGAUAGAGCGAGUGUACCCAAACUUGCAACAUCACUACCAAGACUUCGAAUGGCUAAUGCAACGAGCUAUUCUCGCACCUCAUAAUGUCUCCAUUCGUGAUAUUAACUGGGAGAUGCUUCAGCUUACACUAUCCCUCGGAGUUCUUAACUCCCUGGAACCUGCUGGUAUGCCUCCUCAUAAACUGGCUCUAAAGGUGGGAAUUCCUCUAAUGGUUGUUCGAAAUCUGGCUCCUGGGAUUGCAAACGGCACACGUCUUAUACUAAAGAGAAUGAUGAACAACUGUCUGGAAGCAACUAUUGCUACUGGACCGCAUAAAGGCCAGGACGUGUAUCUGCCAAAGAUACCACUAAUUCCCAGUGAUACUGGACUACCAUUUGAAUUCAAACGACUUCAGUUUCCAGUUAAGGUCUGCUUUGCUAUGACUAUUAACAAGGCACAAGGGCAGACCUUAGCUGUGGCAGGGCUAGAUCUACACGAGCCAUCCUUUAGCCAUGGACAGCUUUAUGUUGGCAUUUCUAGAGUUGCCUCCAAACAUGGACUAACUUUCUUGGCCAAAGAAGGAAAAACCAAAAACGUAGUGUACCAGGAAGUGCUGUCGACAAGAUGA